UUUUUAUUUGUUUAAAUAUUUUCAUGGCAGUGAAUAAUAACUACGUAACUACUUUCUUAUGACUUUUUAUAGUUUCCAAGAAAAUAGCUAACAAAGCGCAGUCGCGUAUUAAGGCUAACCAUUAUCAAUUAAUGUUAAUAUUUUCCACGUUUGCUAGGGAAUUUGCAUUUAUGUGUUGACAAUAUGGAAGUAAACUAUUUUGAUGAUGUUGAAUUUGAUAUAUUGAAGUGAUGCUUAUAAUAACUAUAGAUUUAUAUCAUAUGGCUUCUAGGGAAAAAGGAGCACGAGAGAUAGGAACUGAACUGAAAAAAAUUACAAUAGAUGGAGCUCAAACCUCAGGAGCAUUGACUUGCACACCCGAAGUCUGUCGAAAUGCGCGACAACGUUAUGCACCCCCAGAUUUGUCCGGCGACGCUCCGUGGAAUCAAAAAAAGACUUAUCUGUUCAUCGGAACAAUAUGCGUGUUUUUCCUUUGGAUGAUCGUUUACAGUAUUGUCAGUACAUUCCAUUUAGUGUGAUUCCAUGAUUCAUAUUUUUUUUUAUAUGAACGUUUUAAAUUAUAGUUUUAUAUGUGCUUUAUACAUGUAUUGUUUUACGAAAAUUUAUUAAAAAUAUUUCAAUAUUGAGAAUAAAUAA